AUGAAGAUCACAAAGAUCCCUCCAAAGAGGCUGGCCACCGCUCCGCCAUGGGUGGUCGCUCUCUCGGAUCAGCUCGUGAGCUGUCCGCAGGACGACCUGCCGACCCUCAUCCACAGCCUGCCUGAAUGGUCGCAUCCAAAGGGCGACAUGUUCCACUGGAUCCCGGUCCUCAACCGCUUCGACCUGGUCCUCGAGGCCAUCACAAAGCCCAUCGACUCCACCCCGGCCUCGUCUGCGUCCAUCCUGGAUUCCGAGCUUGCGCCCGAGUCUGUGCCAAUCAUCACCAGCAUCUUGCACUUUACCAAGCUGCUCUGGGAAAACUGCACCAACCGCAAUCUGUAUAAUUCCUACGAGCAUCUCAUCAAGUUGCUGGGCACCCGAAACAUCGUCGUCCUCGAGUCGGUCCUGGCCCUGCUCAUCCGCUCGGCACAGAGAAUCAGCUCCCAGCGCAGUCUCAAAACCAUUCUCACAUCCGCCCACGAGGCCGUUGUGCUCCUCGCUCAGCGCUGGCCCUCGCUGCGUGCCGGCACGGCGUUCGCUGAUAUUGCUUCGCCCGACUUUGUGCCCUCGGCCGAUCUCUUUUCGCUCUCGUUCCAGUACUAUCAAUUGGCCGAUCCAAAGCCAACUUUGGCCGUGGCCUCUGCCGAUGCUCGCCCAUCCGCCACCCAACCUGAUGCCGUCUCGGCCCACAAGAUCCCGCUCGAGCACCAGUUUCCGCUCUUCCAUCGCAUUCGUACCAUCUGGGGCCUGCAGUCCGCAGCGACGCGAGUGAAGAUGCUGGAGCUGCGUCUGUUGGCCCUCGCGAUAUUCGCCAACCUGACCAACGAAGAGGCCAUCCAGACCAAGAUCCUGCUCUACGAGCCCGAUCUCAUUACUCAGCUUGCAGCGCUCCUGAAGAGCGACUCGUUCGUUGGCAAGCCGCUCCAGUGUGCGGCCAUGCACGCCCUCGAUGGCCUUGCCCGCCAUCGAGCCAAGAUGAACGAGGUGCUCGCUGCCCUCAAUGCCUCCGCAAACCACGGCAUCCUCAUGUCUCUCGUCAAGAAGAUCACCACUGGUCACACCGAUGAUCAAAGCCCGUCCCGCGAACUCGCUGAUGCGGUACUGUCGCUGGUGACCCAUGUGUCCACCACCCAGACCGGCGGCAAUCUGAUGAUCAGCGGCGGCUUGAUCCAGGCCCUCACCGAUGUCCUGAGCAUCACAGAUCCCGGC